GUGUGUUAAAAUCCACGUUCGAUCUGCACCAAGUGUGUUAGACGCAAGAAGCGAGGACGAGUCGCCCGCGGAUGAACCGGCAUGGGACCACGAUCGCAAUGUCGUCUGCCGUGAUACGAAGUUACCAUGGAUCGUGAUCUGCAGGAUCCAAUCUCCGAAGCGUUUCACGGGACGCUAGCCCGGAAAGACGGUUCUCGACGUAGCGCGAUGCGUGAAGCGACCUGCAAGUUAGAAUCCUUGUACGGUCGCGAUAAUCGGUUGCCGAGCUGCACCUUAUGUAAUACCUAGGACAGGUCAAUACCAUCUCCCGCAUCGCACGUCGCGAUGAAAUUGCGAGUCGGGGUCCUCGUAGUUUCACAUCGUCGGGAAUUUGCUCGCUACAGGUGCCCGUGAAAGUGCUUUGUCACUUCUAGGGAUUUAGGAGAUCGCACUUUAUCAGAUAAGCACGCGUUGCCAAUUCCAGGUUGCCAGUCCAGUUACACGCAAAUUUGUUAGCACGAACAUGGCUCCUCCAACGUACAGUGAUUUAGGAAAGAGUGCUCGUGAUGUCUUCGGCCAAGGCUACCAUUUCGGCCUGUUCAAACUAGAUGUAAAAACCAAGACGAACACUGAUGUGGAGUUCACUUGUGGCGGUGUGUCUAAUCAGGAUACGGGCAAGGUGUUUGGUAACUUGGAAACUAAAUAUAAGCUCAAGGAAUAUGGAUUGACGUUUAGCGAGAAGUGGAAUACUGACAAUACUCUUGCAACUGAUGUCUCCAUCGCCGAUAAACUGCUCAGUGGUCUCACGCUUGGUUACAGCUGUACCCUGUCGCCACAAACUGGCGCUAAGACUGGAAAGUUGAAGACAACCUACAAACAUGAAAAUGUGUCCGCAACUGCUGACUUUGAUCUUAGUCUUUCUGCUGGGCCCCUAAUUUAUGCAUCCGCAGUCGUGGGUUAUCAAGGAUGGUUGGGUGGCUAUCAGGCGUCCUUUGACUCACAAAGGAACAAACUUACGAGAAAUAACUUUGCUCUUGGGUUCACCGCUUCAGACUUUGCUCUUCACACUGCUGUGGAGAACGGUCGUGAAUUUAGCAGCUCGAUUUACCAUAAAAUAAAACCAGGUUUGGAAGGUGCAAUUAAUUUGGCAUGGAAUUCCACCAACAAUGUAACACAGUUUGGUAUCGGAACGAAGUACAAUCUCGACAACGAUGCUAGCAUUAGAGCCAAGGUGAAUUCUAACCUUCAAGUAGGUUUGGGAUACCAACAGAAGCUGCGAGAAGGUGUAACCUUGACACUUUCUACAAACAUCGAUGGAAAGAACUUCGGCUCUGGUGGCCACAAGUAUGGUGUUGCAUUAGAUCUUCAGGCUUAAAUGCGUAUUAUUACAAAGUAAUGGUUAUUGCAAAAUGAGAAAAUACAGAAAAUUUAUCCCGUAUGAAUAUUUCGUGACCCUUGUGUCAUAAAACUGGCGUGACAGUACAUGCUUAUAAAUAAAAUAUUGCCUGUAACGUGUAGAUAGGAUUGAUUCUUGAAUAGAUGCCACGAAGUAUCAUCCAUAAUUUGGGAUUAGCUGGAGGGAACAUUAGUUUAUACUAUACACUAAUAUGACCUCGUAUUAGCAAUAUCUCUGGUCGUGAACAGCGUAAAGUCACGAAGACAAAACAAGUUUGUACUGUUAAUCUUGAAGUUACAGUUUUCAGACUAGCUUGUCGUCAGUUUCUCCUCAUUCGACUCAUUCUUUCCAUAUAAGGAUUCGAAAGUAGCGUAAUCGCACUUGUAUGAGGCAAUGGUAUGAAAAGUGGUAAAACAGUGGUCAUUAUCAAUGAUAUUAAAUAUAAGAAAGUUGUUUACGAAAA